GGGACCUUUUUAUCUUAGAAGUUUUAAAAUGAAGAACCCGAAGCGCCAUGGCCGUGCUUCAUUCUGCUAUUGUUUCCACUCCCUCGUUAAACUCUCUCGCCACUACCUUUAGGAGACCAUACUUCUCCGCUUCCAAACGCCGCGCCGCCCUCCAGCAGCUCAAGCCUGGCUCCGGCGUCUUCUGCAACUCGAAAUCUGCGGCCAUCGCUGACAGCCUAAGGGUGCUCGAAUGGGAUGCAGUGUGCGAUUUGGUCUCUUCCUUCGCAGGCACACAGUUCGGCAGGGAAACCGUAAAGGCGCAGCUUUGGUCCGCGACGGAGCUGAGCUACCAGGAGACUAAGGUGCGCUUGGCAGAGACUGCAGCAGCAAUCGAAUUGAUUAAAUAUGCUCCUGGAGGGAUGGAUUUUGCUGGUAUUGACCUUGUAUUGGUUAAAUCAGCUAUUGGUCAGGCCUUCAAAGGUUUCCCUGUUACUGGAUUAGAAGCGAUAGCUGUUGCACGCCUUAUUGAGUUUGCACUAAACCUGCAAGCUACAAUCAAAGGUGCAGUGAAGGAGAAUGCAGAUUCGUAUAAUCACUUUUUGCCUCUUGCAGCAGUGAUAGUGAAUGCUUCAAUUUGUCGUUCAUUGGCUGUUUCGGUGAAGGAAAUUAUUGAUGAAGAUGGUUAUAUCAAGGAUACUGCAAGUUCUGAGCUGAAGAGGUACCGGGAUCAAGUUUUUAUGCUUGAAAGGAAGUUAUAUCAACUGAUGGACAAGUUUUCAAGAAACAAUAAAAGUGAAUCUUCAUCUUUGGAAGUUUGCAAUGUUGAUGGACGAUGGUGCAUAAAAUAUUUGUCUAAUAAACCAGAAAAUUUUAAUGGAUUAUUACUCUCCAGUUUAGGUUCUGAUUAUUUGGUUGAGCCCAUUGCUGCUGUUGAACUAAAUGAUGAAUUACAGCAGGCACGAGCACUAGUAGCAAAGGUUGAAGAAGACGUGCUCACACAGUUAACCCAAAAGGUUGCUGCCCGAGCAAAGUAUAGCAUUGAAUAUGGUGCAAGUUAUCCGAACAUUUUUUUGCCAUGUGAGAUGAUCACUUCAGUUACUGUUGACGAUGGUUUCCGCCAUAAUGGAACAUCCAGGAAGAGUUCUUCCCAUCAUCAAAGGGAUUGGAAGUUGUACUUGCGAAAAGCUCAUCAUCCUUUAUUAGUCAAGCAGUAUCGCCAAAAAUUAGAGACUGCCAAGAAAACUCUCUCCAAUGCUGCUUCUGAUGUUCGGAGGAAAAAAAUGCAAGGAAAAAGCAUGACAACAGAUGAUAGUGACUCACUUCUUGACUCUAUGAAGCUAAGUAUUUUGCAAAUGGAAAGAUGUCCACCGGUUCCUGUGGAUUUUGUGAUUUCUGCAAAAGCUACAGUUCUAGUUAUAACGGGACCAAAUACUGGGGGGAAAACUGUUAGUUUAAAGACUAUCGGACUAGCUUCUCUGAUGUCCAAGGCUGGUCUCUAUGUUCUUGCAUCAGAGCCAGUUAAAAUGCCCUGGUUUGAUGCAGUUUAUGCUGAUAUUGGAGACGAGCAGUCUUUGAUCCAGUCUUUGUCUACAUUUUCUGGCCACUUAAAGCAGAUAAGUGCUAUUCGUUCAAAUUCAACAAGUAAAUCAUUGGUACUGUUAGAUGAAGUUGGUGCUGGAACAAAUCCACUUGAAGGGGCAGCCUUGGGGAUGUCACUUCUUGAAUCUUUUGCUGACAGCGGUUCUUUUCUAACAGUAGCUACCACUCAUCAUGGUGAAGUUAAAACACUGAAAUACAGCAAUCAUGCUUUUGAGAAUGCCUGUGUAGAGUUCGAUGAAGAGAGCUUACAACCAACAUAUAGAAUACUUUGGGGAAUUCCAGGUCGUUCAAAUGCUAUUAAUAUUGCAGAAAAAUUAGGACUUCCAUAUACUAUAUUGUCCGCAGCUCGGAGAUUACAUGGGGAAACUAGUGCUGAAAUUAAUGAGAUUAUAAUUGAUAUGGAGAGUUCUAAACAAGAUUUUGAGCAUCAUCUUGAUGAGGCAGACCAUUAUUUGAUGUUAUCUAGACGGCUUCAUCAAGAUUUGUUGAUGGCAAGAGAAAGGAUCACUAUGCACAGCAGUAUUCAGAUAAAAAGGAAGGCAAACUCAGUUUCAGAAUUCGCUGCAGUGGCACGCUCAAUUAUCCAUACAAAAUUGCAGCAACAUCGUGAAACUGCCGUAGAGAAGAAUAUUGAAGACCGAAAACAAAAACCCAACUUGAUUGCAUCAUCUAACCGUUCUGUAGGGCAAACAAAAGGUCCAGACAUCGGCAGAACUUCUCAUGAUAAGCUGCUCAGAAUCCCUGAGUUGGGGGAGACAAUUGUUGUGCCCUCAUUAGGCAAGGAGGCAGUGGUUUUGGAAGUGUUGGCUUCCAAAGGAGAGAUUCUUGUGCAAGCCUCUAACAUCAAGCUGCGGCUAAAAUUGAAGGAUAUUGUUGCUUCAGUAUGAACAGGUGAAGCUGUCAUUCACUGUACAUCUUUUACAACUAUGCCCCCAUACUUUUUAUAAUUAUUUGAAUUCAUUGCUUUUAUGGUUCAAGGAUUCGUCAUCUCCCGUAAAUUAAUUGCCUUGCAUUAUCAUGUGUAAUUCAUGCUAGCCCAAAUUUUAGUGAGGAUGAGUUUUAAAUUAUUUAGUUUGCUUUGAGAUGGGUGAAAUAUGCUGUAUAUUUGCGUUCAUACAAAAAUAAAUCAAAUAUAGAAAAGUGGGCAUGCACUGAGGUUGAAACAAGGGUAAAGAAUGUAAAUUCAAAAGUCUCGCCUUCUGUUUUUCAACAUAGCAUUUGUACAGUACUAGAGGAAAUAUUGCUGUUGUAAAUAAUGAGGUGCGAAUGUCAUUUUUUGUUAAUUUCAUAGUCAUAUAAUAUUGCGAAGGUUUUA